GCAGAGUUUGUUUAGGUGUAGUCACUUCUUUCCAAUCUCCACUUUCUAAACCAUAUUUUAUUUAUUUAUUACAAAAGUUCUGAUAGGCUACAAAUCUACCAGUACAAUUCAUCUUCUUAUUCCUUGCUUCUCUUUCAUAUUCAUGUUUGCAAAAUACCGUGAAAAACACAGAAGCUUAGAGAAAAAAAAAUGACAGGGAAAUAAAUAUCUGUGAGUAAAGAGAGGAGAACCGUAUAGACCCAUCCGACAGAACCGCGGUCCGCCGGAACCAUGUCCACAAUUUUUCUUCACCGGAGAUCUGAAAAGUGAAAUCAUUCAUUCAUUCUUCUGUUGUGUGAUCUUCUUCUACGAAAACAUGGCUGAACCACUCCUCUUCGCCCUUGCAGAGUCGUUCAUCACUAAACUUGCUUCUCAAGCUGUCAAAGAAGCUUCUCUUGCGCUUGGCGUCUCCAAAGAAUUGGAGGAUAUCAAAAACAAUGUUUUAUUCAUCAAAGCUGUGCUGCUGGAUGCUGAGCAAAAGCAGCAUCAAAACAACGAGCUUCAUGAAUGGCUGAAACAGAUUAAGCCUAUCUUCUCCGAUGCCGAAAACGUGAUUGAUGAUUUUGAGUGCGAGCGACUACGAAAACAAGUCGCUUCUGGCAGCAUCAGAAAGAAGGUACGGCUUUUCUUUUCAUCAAGUUCUAAUCCUCUGGUUUACCCCUUUAGAAUGGCACAUCAUAUCAAAGAUAUCAAAGAAAAAUUUGACAAGGUUGCAGAAACUAGAGAUAAAUUUGGCCUUCAAAUUAUUGACAGUGAUAAUCGUGUUGUGCAAAGGCGGGAAACUUAUUCUCAUGUAAAUGAUUCUGAUGUGAUAGGAAGAGAACAUGAUAAACAGAAAAUUGUAAAGCUCUUAUUGGGUGAUGGUGGUGAUAAAAGUCUAUCUGUUAUUGCUAUUGUGGGAAUUGGGGGUUUGGGAAAGACUACACUUGCAAAAACCGUGUUCAAUGAUAAGAGUGUAGUUGAGUCUUUUCCAUUAAAGAUGUGGGUAUGUGUCUCCAAUGAUUUCGAACUUAGGAAUCUGCUUCUUAAGAUCAUCAAUUCUGCUCCUAAACAAAAUCACCAUGAGACGAACAUUAAAAACUUUAAUAUGGAGCAAUUGCAAAAUCAUCUAAGAAAUGCACUUGCUGGUCAAAAGUUCUUACUUGUACUGGACGAUGUAUGGAAUGAGGAUCGUGUCAAGUGGGAAGAAUUGAGGGGUUUCAUACAAGCAGGUGCUCAAGGAAGUAAAGUACUAGUGACUACACGUAGCGACAAGGUGGCUAAUGUGAUGGGCACUUACUCUUCUUGCAAUUUGCAAGGGCUUUCUGGAGAGGACUCAUUGUCUGUGUUUGUAAAAUGGGCUUUUAAAGAAGGAGAAGAGAGAAAAUAUCCUGAACUAAUGGAGAUUGCAAAAGAAAUUGUGCCUAAAUGUGGAGGGGUUCCAUUGGCCCUAAGGACAUUGGGGAGUUCGUUGUUCUCAGAAGUUGAUCAGAUACAAAAAUGGAUCAUUGUUAAGGACAAUGAGAUUUGGAAUUUACCACAAAGAGCUGAGGACAUUUUACCAGCUAUCAAAUUAAGUUAUGAUCAAUUACCUUCUUAUUUAAAACGAUGUUUUGCUUGCUUCUCUCUCUUUGAAGAGGACUUCCAUUUCAACAGUUGUCAUACAAUUAUACUUUGGGAGGCUCUUGGUUUUCUUCCAUCACCAAGCCAAGGUGAAAAGUUGAAAGAUAUUGGCAAUCAGUAUUUACAGGAGCUACGGUCAAGAUCUUUUCUUCAAGAUUUUGUUGACUAUGGCGGUGCUUACAAAUUCAAAUUGCACGAUUUAAUGCGUGCUCUUGCACUGUAUGUUUCAAGAGAUGAGUUUCAAUUGUUGAGCCCCCACAAUAAAAAUAUGUCCGAAAAUGCCUUACAUUUAUCAUUUGAUAAUAAUAAUGAUAAUUUGUUUGGACAAACUCCACUUCCCCUUCGUUUGAGAACCAUACUUUUCCCUACCGGAGUCAACAAUGAAGCUUUCUUAAAUACUUCGGUGUCCAGGUGCAAAUACUUUCGGGCUUUGCAAAUAAAUAAUUCUGGAUAUAAGAGUUUGCCUCGCUCCAUUGGUAGAUUAAAACACUUAAGAUAUCUCAAUCUUGAAGAUAAUGAAGAACUCAAGAGCCUACCUAAUUCAGUUUGCGAACUCCAAAAUUUAAUAAAUUUGAAUCUCAGUGGAUGCACAAAGCUAAAAAAAUUGCCAUAUGGAAUUGGAAACUUAAUCAGCCUUCAACAACUACAUAUAACCACAAGGCAGUCUAAAUUUCCAAACAAAGAGAUUGAAAAAUUGACAUGUCUAGAAAUAUUAACUCUUGUUUCUUGUGACAACUUGGAGUCAUUGUUUGAAUUAGGAAUAGAACUUCCUAGUCUUACGUUUUUGGAUAUUAAUUCUUGUAGGAGUCUAAGGUCUGUGUCUCUUCAUGUUGUUCCAAACUUAGAGAGUUUGUCUAUUGAUGGUUGCAACAAGCUGAAUUUGUCGAUGGGCCAUGACAACCAAAUUCCCAAGUUAAAGUUAAAGUUAUUGUAUCUUGAAUCUUUGCUACAACUGAAGACUUUUCCUGAGUGGCUACGAGGAUGUGCGAAAACAUUACAAUCCUUGGUAAUUGUUGAUUGUGACUAUCUUGAGGAGCUUCCUGAGUGGCUGUCAACUCUGAUUUAUCUCAAAACAUUUUCAAUUGAAAAUUGUCCAGCAUUGUUUUCGCUCCCGGAUGGUGUGCAUCACCUCCGAAGCCUUGAAUAUUUGAAAAUGGAAGGUUGUCCUGAAUUAUGUAGAGGAUACCAACCAAAUGUUGGAAAGGAUUGGCCCAAGAUAUCACACAUCAAACAAGUUAUUAUUGAAACUCCAGAAAAUUAAAUGGAACUCGUGGUUAUCAAAGAGUCUCCUAAAACUCGAAGACGCCCCUGGUGCUCACCACAGAUUCGCUAAUGAAGUCUUUAGUAUUCGUCAACUCCUCGCUAGAGAUUGGGAGGUUGCGAUUAACCAUACGCUACGGGAAGGUAAUGCGUGUGCGGAUGCCUUAGCAAAGAUGGGUGCGUUAUCUGACUCAUCUUUAGUGAAAAUCUCUACGCCCCCAAGUGACCUCUCUAUGAUCUUGCUCGCUGACGCGCAUGGGAUAGGCUUCAUCCGGGAGUAGCUUUCACUUUUGUUUAGUCUUUUUGUUUUGUUUUCUCUAUUGUAACCAAAAAAAAAAAAAAAUUAACAAAGUGUAUUUUUGCACCUUAUCUUUCUAUUAUACUCUUAUUUUAAUUCA